AAUAGAAAAAGGAUGCUCCUUUUGUGCGUUUUGGCGAGUUUGUGUACGAGUAAGCUUUCCUGGUGAUGUGAUUACUACUCAUUAGGGAAGAAUGCCACUAUGUCAGUUUUUCUUGAAAGAUGUCACCAUUUUCAGUUGAAUUGGGGAACAGACGGAUUGUGUAUGAACUGAUUAGCUACGAGGUUGUAGGAAACAAAUAAUAUGAUCUCUUCUUUUAUGCGUGUUUGUGACUUUGUGUGGCAUGGAAAACAUGUAGGACGAACUUCUUUUUUCUCUCUCUAAACUAGAGGUUGCUACUGCUAGGACUGUGAUUGAGGGAUAUCAUGGAUGGCCGAUAUAUGUAUGUCGAUAUGUCUAAUCGGAAUUUAGUUUCAGAAGAAAUUUCACAAAUGUGGAAAAUAGUUCAUUCAUACCUCCAUUUUUCUACAGCCAUGUCGAUGCCAGAUGAGUUUGUGAUAUUUCCUGCAGAAGGAAAGAUUUCCAAUGGACCUGAGGGCGCACUAGUGAGUCCUGAUUGCCCGUUUCUCGUCAGCCGGCUGCCAGAUCCGCUCAACAAGUCGUUCGAGCAAGUGCGGCGCUGGAUAAUGCAGAUGUUCCAGUUGAAGGAUGAGAUGCAUGAGAUCACUCUACAGCACAUUCUGUAUGUGAGGAACAAUCCCUUGGCUCCUCCUUCCACCGUGCUGAUUGAUAUCAUAGGGGACGAUUCCUGGAAGGCAUUCCUGAACGUGGCAUGGCGCCAUGUUGGAGUUUUCAGACUGUUUGUCAAGUGGAGUGCCAAGAAAACAGCCUCUCUUUCCAAGGCAGUCGCCAGCAAUGCCACACCGGUCGCAGAUGAAGACCCUGCAGUGACAGAUGAAUCUGAUGAUGAUGGAAGCUGGCCAACUUGCAAGCAUGAUAAACCUUGCACCAUCGAAACUUCAUGGGACCGUCAAGAUCCGGGGCGAAGGUUCUACCGCUGCCCUCUCUUUAUGGAUCCGAAACAGGACUGUGGGUUCACCCAAUGGCUGGACAAGAAGUUCCCUGAGAAAGCGACCGAGCACAUGAACUACCUCACCGACAAGGUUGAUUCACUUGAGCAGCAGGUCGGCAACCUCAAGUGUGAGCUCGAGGAACUUCGUCGCCGCCACCAGAAAACAUCGAUUGGAGAAGCUGCUGUCAGUCAUGGAGACAAGUGCCCCUGUGGCAAGAUCCCUUGCGGCGUGGCUUGUUGCAACCAGGAUGAAAAGCCGCGCCCAAGCCAGAUUCGUAGAUUGGCUAAGGCCAAUUAGCGCUCAAUAUGUCAAGUGGUUUGUGAUCCAGGCUAGUUUCAUUUUGGGAGGAAGAUCUUUUGUCCAUUUUCUGGUUCAGUCAUCAGCAACCAUCAUGGCCUGGAAAUGUGAUCAGUGGUCUAGCCAUCUAUGUAGUUUUAUCUGUUAGCUAUCGUGGAACUCCUUUGUCGCUGAAUGCAGAUAGAAUACGAUCAUCCUGAAACUAUGGUUUAUGUAACGUGCACUGCUUAAAUAGUUUGACCAAGGCAUUUUUGCA